AUGGUCAAAUUUGCAUUAAAAAUCACGGCAAAGCUUGAAAAUGCAACUGAUUUACAACCUGCUGGUGGUGCUGAUAAUGGACUACCAUAUCUUUUUAAGUUACAGUGUACAACGUGUCAAGCAGUAAGUGAUAAACAUAUUUGUUUAAGCACUUCUGAUCCAUCGUCAACUACAUAUAAGUGUAAAGGAUGCAAUGCACAGGGGUCGGCAUCCUUAGUUAUCGGCUACGGCCAACCUGUCACUAAGAGCGGACAAUAUGCGACCCUCAUGCACAUCAACUGCGAUGGUUUUGAACCAGAGGAUUUUAUUUUUAGUGGAGACUGGGCAUGUCGAUCAGUUGUCGAUGGAAAGUAUCAUGAAUUUCAGUUUACUGAUGGAAAAUUCGAAAAGAAGAAAGACAAGAUAAAAAUGAUUAUUUCUAAUUUAGAAGCCAUUUUUGUGAUUGAUCGGACAUAA